CGUCACCCGGCGCGUGCCGGGUAGCCCGUAGUAACCCCGAGUCUGCGGAAGUGGUGACCCGUGGGACGCGGCUGAGACAGGAGACUGAAAGGAACCAUAAUUUGUGACAUCAGUUGUUUUUUUUGACAAGCAGCUAUUUAUGAUUCUGGAAGAUUAAGGCAGAUAGGAAACCCCAUCUGAGAUUUUAAUAAAUCCCUCAAACAAUAAACCACAUCAUGGACAUACAGCUGGACCCUGCCAGAGAUGACCUGCCUCUCAUGGCCAACACCAGCCACAUACUUGUGAAGCACUAUGUACUGGAUUUGGAUGUGGAUUUUGAAAGUCAAGUCAUUGAGGGGACCAUAGUGCUUUUCCUCGAGGAUGGAAACAGAUUCAAGAAACAGAAUAGCUCUAUCGAGGAAGCCUGCCAAUCAGAAUCAAACAAAGCCUGCAAAUUUGGGAUGCCUGAACCCUGCCAUAUUCCUGUGACAAAUGCAAGGACCUUCUCAUCUGAAAUGGAAUAUAAUGAUUUUGCAAUCUGUAGUAAAGGUGAAAAAGAUACUUCUGAUAAAGAUGGUAACCAUGACAACCAGGAACAUGCUUCUGGGAUUUCUAGCUCAAAGUACUGCUGUGACACAGGGAAUCAUGGGAGUGAGGAUUUUUUGCUAGUGUUGGACUGCUGUGAUUUAUCUGUGUUAAAAGUCGAGGAGGUGGAUGUUGCUGCUGUGCCAGGUCUGGAAAAAUUUACAAGGUCUCCUGAGCUCACGGUUGUUUCUGAGGAGUUCAGGAAUCAGAUUGUACGUGAACUUGUGACUUUGCCUGCAAAUCGUUGGAGGGAGCAGUUAGACUAUUACGCUCGCUGCAGCCAGGCUCCUGGCUGUGGGGAACUCCUCUUUGACACUGACACUUGGAGCUUGCAGAUAAGGAAGACAGGGGCUCAGACAGCUACUGACUUUCCUCAUGCUAUCAGGAUAUGGUACAAAACUAAACCUGAAGGGCGAUCGGUUACAUGGACCUCAGACCAGAGUGGCAGGCCAUGUGUUUAUACUGUGGGAUCUCCCAUAAACAACAGGGCCCUUUUUCCAUGCCAGGAGCCACCCGUUGCCAUGUCAACAUGGCAGGCUACAGUUCGAGCAGCUGCAUCUUUUGUUGUUUUAAUGAGUGGGGAAAAUUCUGCCAAACCAACGCAGCUUUGGGAAGGGUGCUCAAGCUGGUAUUACUAUGUAACUAUGCCAAUGCCAGCCUCCACCUUCACAAUUGCAGUGGGAUGCUGGACAGAAAUGAAGAUGGAGACAUGGUCAUCAAAUGAUUUGGCAACAGAGAGACCCUUCUCACCUUCUGAGGCCAACUUCAGGCAUGUUGGUGUUUGCAGUCACAUGGAAUACCCCUGCCGCUUCCAGAAUGCUUCUGCCACCACCCAGGAGAUCAUUCCUCAUCGGGUCUUUGCCCCUGUGUGCCUCACGGGUGCCUGCCAAGAGACCCUUCUGCGGCUGAUCCCUCCUUGCCUCUCAGCAGCACAUUCUGUUCUGGGAACACACCCGUUCUCUCGGCUGGAUGUUCUCAUCGUCCCUGCCAACUUUCCAAGUCUGGGGAUGGCCAGCCCACACAUCAUGUUCCUCUCUCAGAGCAGCUUGACAGGAGGGAACCAUCUCUGUGGGACCCGCCUCUGCCAUGAAAUUGCCCAUGCCUGGUUUGGCCUAGCCAUCGGGGCCCGAGACUGGACGGAGGAGUGGCUGAGUGAAGGCUUCGCCACUCACUUGGAGGAUGUGUUUUGGGCCACAGCACAGCAGCUGGCCCCCCAUGAGGCCCGGGAGCAGCAGGAGCUGAGGGCUUGUCUGCGCUGGCGUCGCCUCCAGGACGAGAUGCAAUGCUCCCCCGAGGAGAUGCAGGUGUUAAGACCCAGUAAAGACAAAACUGGCCACACAAGUGACUCGGGAGCAUCUGUUAUCAAGCAUGGACUUAAUCCGGAGAAGAUCUUCAUGCAGGUGCAUUAUUUAAAGGGCUACUUCCUUCUUCGGUUUCUUGCCAAAAGACUUGGAGAUGAAACCUAUUUUUCAUUUUUAAGAAAAUUUGUGCACACAUUUCAUGGACAGCUGAUUCUUUCCCAGGAUUUCCUUCAAAUGCUACUGGAGAACAUUCCAGAAGAAAAAAGGCUUGAGCUGUCUGUUGAAAACAUCUACCAAGACUGGCUUGAGAGUUCCGGAAUACCAAAGACAAAGUCUCGGUCUGUCGCCCAGGCUGAAGUGCAGUGGCGCAAUCUCGACUCACUGCAAUCUCCGCCUCCUGGGUUCAAGCCAUUCUCCUGCCUCAGCCUCCCAAGUAGCUGGGACUACAGGUCUGUGCCACCAUGCCUGGCUAAUUUUUUGUAUUUUUAGUAGAGACAGGGUUUCACCAUGUUGGCCAGGCUGGUCUCGAACUCCUGACCUCAGGUGAUCCUCCUGCCUCAGCCCCCCAAAGUGCUGGGAUUAUAGGCAUGAGCCACCGCGCCUGGCCAAAAGCAGAUUCUUUUAUAUUGACAUUGCACUCUUCCCACACCUGGAGGGUAAAGCCCAGCGAAGCAGUAGUUGAGUGAGUUGUGCACAUGGCUGCAUACACAAGCAUGACCCCUUGGCUGUUUGACAUCGCACAGCAUCAUGGUACAUGCUGAUAGAAGAUCAGCACCCAGGGCUUUUUAGGUUGCUGCCCCCACUGUGGCCCUGCACAAUGCUCACAGUGGCUUGUCCCAGCUCUUGCAGCCAGAGCACCCUGCUGACCGGGAAAGCCAUCAGGAGCACCUGGCUACUUUUACAGUCAGAGGUUUUUUCCCUUCUCUUUUGUGGAAGCCAUUAUGUGGUACCAAAUAGGUAUACAUUUAAUACCUGCAUGGUAUUUCUCCUGUGUGGCCUCUGCUGCUUCAUGGUUAAAUAUUAGUUUUUUCUGGUAUUGUGCAACUUUGAGCUUGCUGUAGAAUCACAGGCUACAGAUGAGUCUUAGAGUGCAGUGCGUCUUCUUCUCACCAGGGGAGCGGAGCCCCAGGAGAAGUGUAGUAUCUGCCCAAGCUCGCAGCACUAGUUAGUGGCAGAGCUAUGGCUUGAGUACAGGAUUCUAAGUCUUCAGCCCAUCAGACUAAAGCAUUUUGUAAUUUGGGUCCCAUCUUUGCCUUAGUUUCUAUGAAGACCUAUGAGUAGAUAAUAAAGGAGUAUGGCAGAGGGCCCUGAGAAGUGAUGAUUUUUCAUUAAUGACUCCUCUUUUUCUUGAAGCUGUUUGUUCCUAUUCUUUCACGGAUGCAGGAUGUGGACCUCACUUUCCAGAGCUUUUCACAAAUAUGUGUCACGGAUAUACAUGCCCCUCUUCCACUAGAUAUUUCUAAACGGUAGCCCUAUGUAUCUAGAUGGAAUAUUUUGCAUAGGAAAUACUGGGCUCCAUUGCAUCAAAAAGCUGGUAUAUUUUUUGGUGUGAGUGAAUGUGAUUGUAUAUAGAGAUUAGUUUAGGUCUUUGCAUUUGGAAAGAUACAGCCAUUCCUCACUUGAGAUGGAAACUAAAUUACAUAAUACCAGGCCACCCAAACAAAGAAACGAACGGGAAAAAAUAAAUGGUUAAACAAAAAGUGUAUCUUGAUGUACAUUUUUCAUAUCCUCUUAUUUGCUUUCACAAGCACACUUCCAACCAGAGUCCCUGUCUUUUGCCCUGAAGCUGACCCAGAGCAGAAGACUGUCAGAGAGCACAAAGGUGGUGGCCACCCAACAAGUGUAUCACAGGUCAGGGUAACUGUCAAUGAUUGUUGAACUGCACAGAUCCCAGUGUGUGUUUAAAAAGGCCAGCAUUCUUGUCACACAUCUCUGGAUGGCAGCUGUCUACUUUUCACUGGUGCUUGGUAAGGAGUCUGUUGCAAUCAUUCAGCAAAAGACCCUGUUCUUCCAGGUCAGUCCUCCAGCUUGGGCCUUUAUGACCCCAGUAUUUUCUGCUUCUGAUCCUGUCGGGUUACAGCCACCACCGUCACACUGUAAGUGGGCUCCAAACAGUUUGGUGCAUAACAUGCAAGACAGCGUUACUUUAAAGUUAAUCAACAAGAUUGGAGGCUGGGUAGAGGAGGAAAGUCAGUUUGUUAUGUCCAAAUCCACGUUUUUUUCACAGAGUUCUUUAUUGUGAAGUUUUGUUCAGCAAGGCUAGUCCUAUAGUGGAUGAAGACGUCAGUGAAUCCAUUAAAUACUAGCUUUGGAGUCAGCUCUACCACCUCGAAGCCGUGUAGCAGUGGGCGAGCCACUUGCCCUCUCUGAGGCUCACUGCCUCUUUGGGGGUAAGGGGAGCUGGCCUGGGUGAAGACACUCUGGGCUGCGUCCGGUGCCGUGCUGAGGCCUGCAAUGCAGGUGUACCUCGUCGCAUCUGAGAGGAGAAAAGUUGGGAUUUACUUUCUUGUGUCUUUCCUUCUGUCCUUGGAACCUGUAGAAUUGCCCUCAGACUUAAAAGUUGCCCUUAGCUUGGACUGGUAUUGGGAGAGUUUUUUAAAUAUACUUUGUCCUGUAUGGUGUUUUACAAAGUUACACUAUCUGGGAACCCUGUUUCUUCAUUUCUUUUCUUUUCCAGUGGAAAAUUGCUAUUUGAGAGAUGAUUGAGAGAACUGAGUAAUAAUCAAUCUACAAAAGCAUUUAUGCUGGCUGACCACUGAAGAAUAGGCAUUUGCUUCUAGUUGAAAUCAAUUAUUCAUAGAGAUUAACCUGUUUGAUCAGGAGAUGAAAAAAUUUUUGCUGGCCUUUUUAGUCUUAAAAUUCCUACGGGUCAGUAAUAACUGCAGGUCAGUUUUACCUUAGACAGGGACAAUUAUUAUUUCUAAGAUACAUUUUGAGACAUAGAGAUAAAAUAUUUAUGCCCGUUGCUUAAAUAACCUUGGGGGAAAAGUCCAGUGAGUCCAGUUUGCCUUUUGGAGGAGGGGAAGCCAUUGUUGCCCAAUGCUCUAGAAAGAGCACUUCGUGUUUUAUGCUGCUUUUUAUCUCAAUCAUUCAAGUAUUUGCUGCUUUUAAAAAAACAAACAGAACCAGUAAUGAAAUGUAUGUGAGAAAUUGCUACAGUGAUCGCUGCAUAUUUUAUAGCAAAACGUUGCAGUAUUUCUUAUAUUGAGAAAGUAGAACCUAUUUGGGGUUGAAAUGAUCAAACCCAGAUGCUUUCCUAAAAUUAUAUUUUUGGUGCAUUUAUAUGUCUGUUACAAAGUGUGCUACAUGCUAAAAAUAUUUUCCUUUGUAGGCCGAGGGGAGUUUCAAACCGCACUGAGAGACAUGUAGAUCAGAUGGUUUUCCGUAAGGGUGUUACCAGCAUCCUGGUUGUUAUUAGCCUUGACUUCACAAUAUGACAUUAUUUAUGCCAGAAGACUUCACAAUUCAGUUCUUCUUUAAUUUCAGCAACUUUAUUGGCACGAAAAUGCAUGGAAGGGAGGCCAAAGUCAAUACAUCAGAAUUUGGGACUCAGACUCCAGGGCAACAAGCAAUAAUGGGAUUUGGCUGGAGAUAACCCCUCCACUCCUGGGGUCUGUUUCCCUGGGACGGAGAAGCUGCCUCCCACGUCAGGCAGCGUCUCUUGCCUUUUGUCCAAGCGCUUCCUCUUGUUUUUCUCUGGUGUCUCCCUUCUCCCGAGCCACGCAUGCUGCCACUUUUCACAUUCCAUGCAGCCAGGUAGAGACACACUUCUCCUUAAGACGCUUCUGGAUUCUGUUUAUUGCAAAGGCAGUUGCUCUACAAUUCUCUCUGGUUAUUCCUCCUCAAAUUGUAUUUCCUAGUCACUGUCAUUGGUUUUAUAAUUGAGAGACAUCUGCCUGGGUGUUGCAUAAAUGCCUCUAGUCAAUUAAGCUGCAAAUGGGUAAAUCUAAGAAUAUGUAGAUUGUCUAACUCUCUAUAGAAUUGUAGUUUUUAACUUAAUCCUUCCCUUCCCUCCUUCCCCUCACCUCCCUGCCUCCAGUUGACUAGAGUAUCCUAUUUUACAUUUAGAACAUCCAGAAUGAGCAGAAAAGGCUAUAUACUAAGUGCAUUAUACAUAAUAGCUAUUUAUUUCUCCUAGUCACAACUCCGUAAGACAGACAUUGUUAUUAUACCCAUUUCAUAGAUGAAGAAACUGAAAACCAAAUCUGUCUGACCUAAAAGCCUUCAUCCUUAAUUACUAUACUGGUUUUAAAUGCAUGUAGCUCCGGUUAGGAUUAUAGCUGUUUUUGCAUCUAGCACCUGACCAUGGUGGUAUCUUCAGAGAGCAAUGUAGAAAUAUCAGAUUUCAGGCUGGGCAUGGUGGCUCAUGCCUGUAAUCCCAGCACUUUGGGAGGCCGAGGCGGGUGGAUCACCUGAGGUCAGGAGUUCGAGAACAGCCUGACCAACAUGGUGAAACCUCGUCUCUACUAAAAAUGCAAAAUUAGCCGGGUGUGGUGGUGUGCACCUGUAAUCCCAGCUACUCGGGAGGCUGAGGCAGGAGAAUUGUUUGAACGCAGGAGGUGGAGGUUGCAAUGACCUGAGAUCAUGCCACUGCACUCUAGCCCGGGCAACAGAGUGAAACUCUAUCUCAAAAACAGAAAAAAAGAAGUAUCAAAUUUCACUUUGUGAUAUUCUUGUAAUAACAGUCAGCUUACUGUUUUGAAUGAGACAGGACCAGAAAUGGAAUUAUCUCCUUUAUAAUAAGACACAUGAGAAACAGAACUUGGUUUCUCAUGUCCAUUGGUUGUCAUUGGAAGGGAUACACACUUGUUUGUAGUAGCUCAGAUGUGUUGUGUCUUUGCAGGCUCCGUGCAAGGGCAUUGAGCCUGUGUGCUUGUCAGGCCAGGCUUUUUAUUAUGACGUCACAACUCAGUUAUUUUGAUACCUUUGAAAAUUUACUUAGGUUCAAAAUACCAGAUAGACUUUUGUUUCUGAGGGGAAAGAGGAAGGGAUUUGCAUUUACUGAUCUGUUUUGUGCCUUUUACCAUAUGCACCAUCUCAUUUUAUCCUCACCACAGCAUUAUCUCUGUUUCAUAGCUCAGAGAGGUUGUGUGACAUGCACGUCCAAGGCCACAGAGCUUCUUGGUGGCAAUGACAGAGAGUGCCUAGUCUAAAUUCCCAGCUGUGGAUUUCCUAUGACACCAUGGCUUUGUACUGAAACAGUUAAGUCACAUUUACAGGGUGACAUGUAAAAACAGCAACAGCAUAUUUGGUUGUCCCUUAUCAUGAUUUCCAGUAUCCUUGAAACUCAGAGAUCAACGCAGUGAUGGUAAGAAAUGCUCCCAUAGAAGGCAAAACAGGCCAUAAUAUUUACAUAAUAAAUUGAAACCCAUAAUUAUAAAAGCAUUCAGAAACUACUAGAAGAUAGAUUUAAUAAGAUUCUAACAUACCUAAUAUUAAUCUGAAUAUAAAUUAACUGGGUAGGUUCUUAAAUCCUGCAUAUUAGGAGGUGUCUAAUAAAGCUCUAAUGUUCUUUGUGGUUCUUUUCCAACUAUCAUACUGGUGAGCACAAAAGCUGUGUUAUGUACAGAACGGCUGGGUUUAUCCCUAGUAGAAAGAAGUUAUGUUUGGUAUCUAAAGAACAAUGAGAGUUUGCUGCUUGGCUGAUCAGUGCUGGAUCAAGUUCACAUUCCCCGGCUCCCACUCUCCACCUCCACAUGCAGGGGGUGGAAGCAGAACACAGGGAGGGGAGGACAGGUCCUUUUUCACGGAGAGACGUGAGCCUGGGCUUUCCUUAUAUGGACACAGCUCGGCCUGUGUAGCAUUAAACACUGAUUUCAUCCACCGCUGGAGAAAACAUCCUACAAAAAGUGAAGAGAUUAGCAGCCAAUUAAUUCUGGCCCUUCCCAUUGUUUUCCUGGAACACCUCCUUGUAUGGCACUGAAUGUUUGGUGAACAAACAUUCUGGAAAAUAGCUUUCUCUCAUAUCUUAUUUAUAUUUGGAACAGCCACUCCACCCCCCACAUGUGGUGGAUUUUACUUGCCUCUGUGUGUGUGUGUGUGUGUGUGUGUGUGUGUGUGUGUGUGAGAUUUUACUUCUUCAUCAAGGGAUGGAUGAAUCAGGCCCAUUCCUUUUGUUGCAAAUUGUGACUUCAUUGGAUUUCUUUUGGAGGAUAUAUAACAAGCCACCCAGUCUGAGUGCCAAGCUUUUUAAAACUCGACAUGCCAGGGCCACAGACUCCCAUCACGUCCCCUCCUUCAGAGGCACUGUGGAGCAUCCACACGUCCAUGUGCCCACAUUUCCAGAUACCACACCUGCUCUAUCUUAGGAAAUAACGGGAAAGUACCUAGACAUGGUUGUUUGCUUUUCAAGCUGGUGAAAUAUCAACAUCUGAUAUGUUUGUGUUUUUCAAUAGUAACUAAUCCCUUUUUGUAAGGCAUUUUGUGAGAAUAAUUUUCCUAUAGCAGCAAUAUAUGUGUGUGUGUUUUCUAAACAAUAGAGCCCAUGUGGUUAGAGCACAGUGCUCAAGACUGGAGGAAGUCAGCAUGGGUUGCUUCCUGAAUGGAACAAUACCUUUUGCACACAGCAAAGGGUCUUUUCCAUUGGUGCACACUGUCCCCUAAUUCUAGCCAGCAAUCUUCCAAAUGCAGAUGUUCAUUUCAAGGGAAUGGAUGGCAGCCAUCAGCAUAAUUAGAACAUCAUCUACAGAUGAUGAGUUGGAAAUACCACCUUCAUGUUUACAGUAUUGCAGGUCAGCACUAAGAUUGGGUUCCUAAAGAUAAGGAUGUAUGUACUUUUCGCUAAGGACCCAGAACUGUAUUAGCUUUAGAGAAAAAAAGUCAGAUAUCUGCCCAUUGUUGCCUCCCUUCUGGGUAGAAUGUUGAAAUCUUCCACUUCUUUUUAGUUCUUUUUGUGUGUAUGCUUAACUCAUCUUGCCCAAAAUUUUAUCCCUUGGUGUAAGCUGCAGGAAGUGACUCCUGGUUUGGACCACCAGCCCAUCCUGCCCAACAUUGUGUCUGCCAUCUGCCAAAUUGGACUUACUGUAGUAAAGCAUAGUGAGUGGCUAUCAUCUGUGGCAUUGACUUUGAAAUUUAGAUGUCUCCCAAGCAUCUGGAAUUUUUUCCAUAGUAACCUAUUUGAGAUGGGGCAUCAUUAAAAUUAUCUAAGGCAGUGGUUCUCAAUGCUACCUGCACAUUGGAAUCCUGAGGAGUGGAGGUGCUUCAGAAAUGACUGAUGUCUGGGUCCCACUCUCAGAGAUGUGAACCUAAGUGGUCACCUGGGCAUUGAGAUUUGUAAAACACCUUCUGGUGACUCUAAUAAGCACUCGAGAGUAGAAACCACUGAUCUAAAGGCACCCUUACAUCAUUUUAUAUUUCACCUGUGAAAUUUUGUUUUUUUUGAGACAGAGUCUUGCUCUAUUACCCAGGCUGGAGUGCGGUGGCACAACAGUGGCUCACUGGAGCCUCAAACUCCAGGGCUCAAGCGAUACUUCUGCCUCAGCCUCCUGAGUACCUGGGACUAGAGGCAUACGCCACCGUGCCCAGCUAAUUUUUUAUUUUCAUUUUUUGUAGAGAUGGGAUCUCACUAUGUUGCCCAGGCUGGUCUUGAACUCCUGGCCUCAAGUGAUCCUCCCACCUCAGCCUCCCGAAGUGCUAGCAUUACAGGCAUGAGCCACCACACACAGCUGAAAACUCUUUAAGGUUAUAAUGUCCAUGAAUAUCAAGCCCUGUAAAUAACUGCAGUCGUAACAGGCAUUGAAGGGAAUAUAAUAAUGUCUGCUUUUUAGAAUGUAUUUUUCAGUAGACUUUUAUGGUAUGGAAUUAUAUUUUCCAGCCUAUGUUGUCAUCUGGGGUUGAUCUAAUCCAUAUAAUGAACAAAUAUGUUAAAGUGAGACAGUCACACUAGAUGUUCCGUAAGUACUCACACUGGAGAAGAAAGAGUAUUCCAUUUCCAACGAAGAGACCUAGGGGCCAAGCGAUGUGAAAUCCCCUGAGACUCAGUUUUUCCAUCUUUCAGAUGGGACUGUGUGAGGAACGAGCAGAACAGUCUGUAUAUGGACGCACUUUGUAAAGCCUUCAGUUCUGUAGGUAAUUGCCACUCUUCUCUCUAGCAGUCUAAGGUCCUGUGCUCUCUGGUAGGGGUGCUUCAAUACUUUUUUUGUCUUAAAGUCACUUCCCUCCAGCUUCUGGUAAUGUUGUAUUGCUUCUUAAUUCUAGUCAUUUAGAAGUUGAUAAAUAACAACUGCUUCUUGUUCUAAGCAAAUUACAUGUCAUUUGAUCAGAACUUUAUGAGGAAGGAGGCUUAGAGGGGCCACACAGCUACUAGGCAAGCCGGCUGUGUGCUCCUUAUACCUUGCUGUAUUACUGCGUUGUCACAGGAGUUUCCUGAGGACAGGGACAGCGUCUUACUCAUCUUUGCAUUCACGAAAUCUAGUGCUCUGUUUCACAGUAGGCAUUUAAUAUGUCUUUUAUGUGAAUAACCUGUCCAUAUGUUCAACUUACAUUAUUCUCUCCAUAAUAAUCUAAGCCCCUUUCUUCUGGUUUUGAUACCAAGAAGUAAAAUAUUUGGUUGGUUAGCCUUUUUGUAAUAGUCCUGUAUAGUAUUAUGUUUAUUUGAUGAUGUCUGUAUAGUAUUAUAUCUGCAUAGUAUUAUAUAUUUUGACAGUUCUUUUCGUAGAAUUUUAUAAGUAGAGUUAUAAGUUAAGAACAGUCAUACAUCCUUAACUCCUGUACUUUACUUCUAAACAUUGUUAAUGGAUAUAAAUCUUAGAACCAUAAGAUUUUUCCCAGAUCCUCCCUUCUCCCAUCCAAAGAGAAAAAGGAAAUUAAAAAAAAAAAACAAAAAACCCAGAAAACCCAGAAUACUUUAUUGAGUUAUACUCUUCCCUGUCCAAAAUGGAGUGAAGGCAGCGUCCAAAACAGGUAAAUAUAACAUGAUAGAAAUAAAACAAGAAAAAUGAAGCAACAUGAAAAUAAUGGUAGAAAAAAAAGGAUGGGGCCAGGAAUUAAAUUAGCACAUAAUAUGCACACCCUGAAGUUCCUAUGCCUGGUUAAACAGGGUCACAGAACUCCAAGCUUUCUAGAAGAGGGAAAAGGGAUAAAUUGCAAUAUUCAAGAGGUAAAAACAAACAAGCUGCCUAAGUCUGACUAUUCCUGAUGCUGAUACCAGGAAGAAGAUUGUCCUAUGGCUCCUCACAGAAAAUUACUAUCUAAUGGAAUAAACAACCCUCUAAAUCCAUCCUUCCGGUAAACAUUGUGAUGGAUUUUAUGGGGCUGUUUCUUAUAAUGCACCUCAAUAAAUGUUGAUGGCUUCUUACCAGAACUUAAUGCGAUAACAGGACUUUCACAGAGUGCCCAUAAGACCAAGUCCAGGGCCAGCUUUAAAAGUGGUCUGGCUUAUUCCAAGAAGGGAUUUUAGAGUAUCCAGACUACAAGUUUAGGUACAGAAGAAUCUGUGAACAUCCUGACAGUUGGGGUGUGUGUGUGUGUGUGUGUGCGCAUGCAUGUGUGUGUGCUGUAGGUGUAUUUUUUUCUAAGGAGCUGAUAGCACCAUUAGCCUUCAUUAGAAUCUCAGAGGGUGUCAAGAAAUGGAAGAACUAAGCAUUGUACAUGUUCCCUCAGUUGAUCUCUGUAAACGUUUUUAGCAGCAGUGAGCUCAGGUUAUGGUUACUGAGAGAAAGAAGGUCUGUUAGCCGGUUCACUGCAGAACCAUAGCCUCAGCAAUCCACUACGCCAAGCAUGAAACUGACUUCCUUUUUUGAAAAUUAUGCUUUGUAAGGACUUCCACUAAGAGGUCCGUUUGGCAGGGCCAAAAUCCUCCUAAAAAAAACAACAACAACUAGGUGUUUAUUUAAGAGAGAGACAAAAUGGGCAAAUAAAAAUAAUACAAAUAACAGGUAAAAACAAACCAGCUGAUCAAGUCCAACUAUUCCUGAUGCUGACGCCAGGGAGAAGACUGUCCUGUGGCUCCUCAUAGAAAAUUACUAUCUAAUGGAAUAAACAACCCUCUAAACAUCCUUUAUGUAGCAUCUUUUAUAUUUUUUGGAUUAAUUUAUAAUUUUUCUAAAAUCAUGCAAAAAUAUUACAUAAAGGAUGUUACAUUUAAAAAUAAUAGACGGCCGGUCACGGUGGCUCACGUCUGUAAUCUCAGCACUUUGGGAGGCCGAGGUGGGUGGAUCACCUGAGAGCAGAAGUUUGAGACCAGCCUGGCCAACAUGGUGAAACCCUGUCUCAACUAAAAGUAUAAAAAUUAGCUGGACGUGGUGGCAGGCACCUGUAAUCCCAGCUACUGGGGAGGCUGAGGCAGGAGAAUCGCUUGAGCCUGGGAGGCGGAGGUUGCAGUGAGCCAAGAUUGCACCAUUGCACUCCAGCCUAGGUGACAAGAGCAAGACAUUGUCUCAAAAUAAAUAAACCAAAUUUAAAGAUAUAAAUAUUUGAUAAUUUUGCUCCUAAUCCCUCUGUUAUUUUUGAAACUUAAUCCAACCUUGAUUUUAUUUCUAGACGUGUGUAGAUUCCUACUUUUAAAUUCACCCUGAACGUAUGUUGGCAAUAGAACACUUCUGAAACCAGUGGAAGCUUCUGGAACUCUCGACCUUGUUUGGUAUUCAAAGACCUUUCGGUUUCUUUUAGUGGAUAGUUUUCCCUCCGCUGUGCCUGAGGGAAUGUAAUUUGCCAUCUGUGGCUGUUUGGGAACAUUGAAGAGCCCCUUGCUUGCCUUGUGGCCUUCCUGGUGCCUAGGAAGGCUGGCUCCUCCUCCUUCCUCUGUCCUGUGCCCCCUCCAUGAAGUAGAAGCAGGAAGAGAAAACACACCCGUAACAAUGUGAAGUUGGUCUCACUGUAUUUUUCCAGUGAUAGGAGGAAUUUCUUCUUUGUCUAAGAAAAGGAAGAAAACUGAAAAAGGCUUUCCCUCCAAAAGUAAUCUCCAGUCAAUCACGAGGUUAAAUAAUUUUAAAGCAAUAGUAUUUUCCUCAGCCUCGGACGUUGUCUUCAGCUAUUAUGAACUGCUUUGACAAAAAAAGUUUCUUAGAACAAUUUCCUUUCAAAACAUGCGUAUCUACUGGAUGAGGCAUUUUUAAAGAUACAAUUCAGAUAGAAAACAUCUGUUUUAAGAGACAGCUUUAAAGUGCUUUUACUACAUUCUCAAAGACAGUAAUUAGAAUCCCUGUCCCCCACUAUAGAAUUCCAGUUUUUAAAAAAGCGGUCUUCCAGUUUCUCUACACCCUACCUUCAUUGGCAUCAGCCUGUGAAGAAGGGGAGAUUCAGGUAGACAACAGGAGAAAUGUGUUCAGGUUGGAUUGAACACAAUAGAAAAGUAUUUUUUCAGUGUCAUGCAAUAUGUAAAUCUUUCAUUCUAGAUUAAAUUCAGCUUGUAGCACCAUUCUGGAAUAUAAUUUUAGUGAUUCAUGUGUGACGGAAUUAGGAACCUUUCUCAUUUCAAUUUUUUAAAAUUUAUCGUUAUUUACUUAUUAAUUUUUUUUGAGGCAGGAUCUCACUCUGUUGCCCAGGCUGGAGUGCAGUGGUGCCAUCAUGGCUCACCGUAGCCUCUGCCUCCCGGGCUCAAGUGAUCCUCCCACCUCACCCUCCCAGAUAGCUGGUACCGCAGGCUAACACCACCAUACCUGGCUAAUUUUUUUUUUUUUGUAGAGACGGGUCUUGCUAUGUUGCCCAGGCUGGUGUUGAACUCUUAGGCUCAAGAGAUCCUCCCACCCUGGCUUCCCAAAGUGCGGGAAUUACAGGUGUGAGCCACCAUGCACAGCCUGUUUAUAAAGUUACUCUGGCAAUAUAACUAAUAUCCCAUGGUCUCCCUUUUGUAAAAAUGUAAAAUUCUAGCCUCUUUACAAAUUAAGCAUUUUAGUGGUGAAACAAACAGGAGGUAAUUAGAAAGAUCUUCAUUUUAAGACUUCUCCCCCUUGAAAUUUUAGGUGUCCUUCAUUUGUUCCUUUAUCCUUCCAUUCACUAUGUAACAUAUUUAUUGAAUUUCUAGUAUAUGCCAGGCAAUGUUUCUGGUGGACUGAACAAAAAUCAAGAACAAAAGAUACGGGAUCUCUUUCUUCUUGGGGCAUAAAAUCCAGCUGGGGAGAGAGACGUUCAGUACAGUUUUAAAAGAGCUAUAAUAACUGAACAUCACAGAGUGAGCCCUAAUGUAAAUUUGACUUUAGUGAAUAAUAAUGUAUCAAUAUUGGUUCCUCAGUUAUAAUAAAUAUACUAAUGCAAUAUGUUAAAUAUGGGGAAGCUGGUGAGUGGGUACAAAUAUGGGAACUCUGCUUUCUGCUCAGUUUUUCUAUAAACUUAAAACUGCUCUAAGAAUCACUCUAAAGGAAAUAAACAGAAUGUUAUUAGAAAGUAUAGUGGAGUGACAUAAUUUGGACUGGGGAGUAAGGAAAGACCUUUCUGCAAAAGCGCUGCUUAAACCCAGAACUAGAGGAUAAGUGGGCUACCACGCAAAGAAGAGAUGGAAAAGCAUUCUCAGUGAAGCAAAGUGGUAUCAUUUGAAUUACCUUUGGACGUACCAUUCUGGCUUCUCUGUGGAGGAUGGAUUCUGGGAUGGCAAUUGGGAGGAGAGUUGGGGGACAAAGGACAAACAAGGAGACAAGAGGCAAUUAGGAUGGGUCACAGCUUUUGCUUCCUACUUAGCAAAAUCCUAGAAGCGCAGAGUGACAGUAGGCUGUUUCCUUUGUUCAGCUCAUGCCGGAAACCGUUAGGUUAUCCAUGAUCUGGGUGCUAGGAAGAAAGGAGACUGUGUCAGUAGCAGAGCAAGACAAGGUUUCCAGGUCUCAGUUUCUAAGAUCUUUCCAGUGGUUCAGUGGGAUUUAUAGAAUUAAGAAUGUGUGUGUGUGUGUGUGUGUGUGUGUGUGACUGCAACCAGUUAAAAACUGCAAAGGGAAAAAACUUUUCAAGUAACUAGUACCCAGCUGUUAACAACAGCUUUCAUAUAAGUCUGUAAGAUUUAAUUUGCAAUAGUUGUCUUUAUUCGUUACUGGACUAUUGGAAUUUAUUUUGGAUUUUGUUUCUUCCAAGACUGUAUGUUGAAAAACGAUAUUUAAGCAGAGCACUGUUUUAGUACAUCAAUAUUGCAUGGCUCAUAUCAGAGUUUCUGGGGAUCGUGAACUCCCAAGGAAAAAAAUUCUAGUGGGUAAAAGGAAGUGCCUGCCAAGAUAGAUUUCUAUUGAUUGUGGAACUGUUAUUAGCAGCAUAAAAGGCUGAAGAGUUUAAAGUUCUCUUUCCCUUUAAAAUUAAGCAGCUCAGAGUAAUCCACUUCACCAUUUAUAAUUAUUUACCUAUGUGCAAGAUUUCCAAACCAUUAACUAUUUAUAUAUAUUUCCUUUACAGUAAAAAAUUGUAUAUGAUGGCUGUACAGUCUAUACUAAAAGAUAUAAUAACACAUUGAAAAAUCUCUAGCAAAUGAGCACACAUUUCGUAGCACUUAGCUAUUAUAAUAAUGACACAAAAUGGUUAACACGUCUAUUUAUAUUGCUCUCUAGAUUUCAACUUUUUUGUAUUCCUGGAAACAAAGUAAGAAUCCCUCAUUUGAGCAGACUUGUUGUUUGUUUUAGGAAAUAGACAUGCAUCAUCCGUGUAAUUUUAAGUAGUCCAGUUAUGAAUAUGGAAUGAAGGGAUAAAUUCCUGAUGUCUCCAUUAAGCUCCUCUGUGUAAAAUACUCCAUGGCAAAGUUGCUGCUAUUUAAAGUAGUGAGUUUGAUCUUGACUUUGAUCUAAACCUUUUGAUCUUGAAAGAAGGAUGGAGUAGCAAUAAAGAGAGGGCAAGACAGAUUUUCUUUAAAGAAAUGUGAUAAAGUUAAAGGGAUGGUCAAGACCCAGCAAGCAACAGGACAACCCGACUCUCCGCCCCGGCCCGCCCUCACCGGCAGGCGGGUUCCAGCAACUGCUGA